UAAAAAAAAAUUUAAUUCAGUUUGAUUUCGGCUUUUAUCGAGUGUCAACUUAAAAAAAAUGAAGUGUUUGCUAAUUUUUUUAGGGAUAAUUGCAGGAGUGGCUUGUAAUGGUCUGUCAACUACUCGUCCGGGACCUCCUCCGCCUUCGGAUAUCGAUUUGACAACUCUUGCCACGGGAACUGGCUCUUAUUUCGAAUAUGCGGUCCGAAAUGUGAUCAAUAAUCAAUUUUACUUCCCUUUUAUCCCAAAUGACGCGUCAAUUUCGGAAAAUGAACAAAUGGUCUAUUAUUAUCAUUUGCAAAUGAUGCACAUUGAUCUCAUGUGGAUUCAAAACUGGCAACGAGCUCAUCCAAAUGAAAUGCCCUCACUUUUUGACUUGCCAUCGCGUAAAGUUCAGUAUUUUUACAAUUAUGACGUUCCGUAUGUUUUUGCCGACGGAAGACAACGCACUUUACAGAGCCAUCGUCUCGUUUGUGAAGAGUGCAAUCGUCAAUUUCAUUGCAACGUGCACAAUUUGCACAAUCAUCGUCCUCACAUGAAAGUUCCCGAAGGUUUUCCGGGAGAAAAUUCGUUGCCGCAAAUGGUUUCGACGAACGAUGCUCCGAGCACGAGUCAAAUGGGACAACAAAGUUUCGUGUGUGAGGCGCCUCCGGUGAGAUAUCAACUGCCGCGAACGACAACGGAAGCAGCGAGUACCGUCGAUUUGGAAAGUGAGCUAAGACGCUUCCAUUAUGAUCUUGGCGACGAGUUGAAAAAACGAUUAUUUGGAAAAGUUGAGAGGAAAAAUAAAAAAGUAGCUGAUGCAGCUUGAAUAUUUUUUUUAAA